UUAUGCCAUACCUAUUGUUUACAAUUUGGACGCACGUGCAAACGCUGAGGAUAGGUUCUGUUUCUUUUUUGUGUUUAUAAAUAUAAUAAGAAAUUAUGCCGCCAAUUGCACAGGAAGGCAAUUGCCUAAUAUAUCGCGGCAGCAAUUUCCUGAAGCAGCGCCUUGUGCUAUCCUGCCUCAGUGGGAAACCAGUUAAAAUAACACAAAUCCGCGCCGACGAUGAGCAAGCACCCGGUUUGCGGGAAUACGAGAUCAGCCUGAUACGUCUGCUCGACAAGCUGACAAACGGCACCAAAAUUGAAUUAAAUACCGCCGGCACCAGUGUCAUGUUCAGUCCCGGUCUGCUGCAUGGCGGUGCGCUGCAGCACGAUUGCUGUGUGCAGCGUGGCAUUGGCUACUUUUUGGAUGCACUGAUUGCACUGGGUCCGUUCUGCAAGUUCCCGCUCCAGUGCACGCUGCGUGGCGUGACAAACAGCAGGGACUCGCCGUCGGUGGAUCAUAUCAAAGGAGCUGCCCUGUCGCUGCUGAAACGCUUCCUCCUGGUCGACGAGGGUCUGGAGCUGCGCGUCGUGCGUCGCGGCGUCGCGCCCCUUGGUGGCGGCGAGGUCUUCUUCAGUUGUCCUGUGCGCAAAAGCCUUCGAGCCAUACAGUUUCAAGAGCAGGGCAUGGUGAAGCGUAUCCGCGGCACUGUCUACGCCUGCAAGGUUUCCCCGGCGAUGGCCAACCGUACAGUGGAGGCGGCCAAGGGCUGCAUGCUGAAGUUCCUGCCCGACGUCUACAUCUACACGGAUCAAAAUCGUGGCAAACUGUCAGGCAACUCGCCUGGUUUCGGGAUCUGUCUUCUGGCCGAGACCACAGACGGCGUUUGCUUCGCUGCUGAUUGCAUCUCCAACACCAGAGAGGAAUCGGAGACGCCAUCUAUACCAGAAGACUUGGGGCGAGAUGUCGCCAUGCGUCUGUUAGACGAAAUCUAUCGCGGCGGCUGCUGUGAUUCUGCCUACCAAUGGCUGGCCGCUCUCUAUAUGGCGCUCGGGCAGAAGCACGUCUCCAAAUUCCUAACAGGUCCACUCUCCACAUACACGGUGCAUUUCCUACAGCAUCUGCGUGACUUCUUCUCAAUCACAUUCAAGCUGGAGAAUCCCGAGGCGGAUGACGAUGGCGAGGACGAUGUGCGCGGCGCACAAAAAGUGCUUCUCACCUGUGUGGGCAUUGGCUACACGAACAUAAGCAAACGUGUUCUGUAAAAAUUUUUUAAAAUAAUCAUUUAGAUACAGAUAAAUAAAUACAUUUAUAUAAUGUGUGUACAUAUA